GCGCCGCCCCGGAGGCCGGGCCGGGGAGGGCGGAGCGGCCCCGCAGGACCCACCGAGCUGCUGCCGGAGAGCUCUCUGCCCGCCCGGGCCGGGGGCCGCACGCAUGCCAGCAGGGCUGCAGCCCCCGUGCCCCGAGCCAUGCGGUGACGUGGGCGCAGCCCCCAGCAGCCAUGGCCCAGUCCCGGGCCAACGGGUCCCACUACGCCCUGACGGCCAUCGGGCUGGGCAUGCUGGUGCUGGGCAUCAUCAUGGCCGUGUGGAACCUCGUGCCCGGCUUCGGCCCCCCCGACAAGCCCGGCAGCCAGGCCGGCAACAGCAGCAAGCCCGACCGCGGCUCCGGCGGCAUCCUCAAGAGCAAAACCUUCUCGGUGGCCUACGUGCUGGUGGGGGCCGGGCUGCUGCUGCUCCUGCUCUCCCUCUGCCUCAACGUCCGCGACAAGAAGAGGCAGAGCGAGGAGCUCGCCAUCGCUCACGUGCAGCGCCAGGUGUCGGCGGAGCCCUCGCAGCAGGAGGACAGCCAAGAAGAGGAUGAAGACGUCUCUUCCCAAUAUUACGUGCCCAGCUACGAGGAGGUGAUGAACACGGGCUACUCCGAGCCCAGAGACUCGGACAGGAGCAACAGGCUCAGCGUGUCCCUGCCCUCCUACGAGUCCCUGGCCGGGCUGGAGGAGAGCGGCGCGGCCCCGGGGGCGGCGGGCGCGGAGCCCGGCCCCGAGAGGCCGCCCAGCCGGCACAGCUCCCGCCUCAGCAAGCGCCUCAAGCCCCUCAAGGUGCGCAGGAUCAAGUCAGAGAAGCUGCACCUGAAGGACAUCAGGCUAAACCUGGCACAGGGCAACAGCAGCGUGCCUAUCACCAUAGAGCCCCUCACCCCUCCGCCCAAGUAUGAGGAGAUCCAGGAGAAAAUGCCAGUGGGCCAGCAAAUGCCUUAAAAAAAAAAUGAGGAAUCUGUGAUGCUGCUUGGUUGAGGGUUUUUUAAAACCCACCGUGCCAAGAGGGGGUUGGUGUGUGGGUGCACAAGCAGCCAGGGCUCCCUGGAAGCUGCCACGUGGAGGACGUGCUGUGGCACAAGGACGGGACUCAUUUUCCCUGGGACUGGGUUUUACAAAAGACUGUGGGGAAAGAAACCUGAACACCACAAGUUCUGCUGCUGUGAAGUAAAUGAAGGCUGGACAUGCCAAAAGUGUCACUUGUGGUGUUUGAAAUGAGACCACCCAGUGCAUCCUCUCAUCUCCUCUCCCCCUCUCUUCCAGCAAGACUUUUCCAAGCCACCAAACUGAUGUUGCAGAAGGAUUUUCCAAGUGGAAAAGUGAAAUGUUUCUUUUUUCGGGUGUCUUUUCUUUCUGAGGAAGGGGAAGCGCAUUGCCAGAGAAGCACGAGGGCUUUCCCUGGCUCCCAGCUGGGCUGGGCUGGUGGCCCAGAGCCAGCCCUGACUCCUGCCAAGGUCUCUGCUGGCUGGUGGGAAGCAGCUGAAAGGGGCCUCCUGCUCCUCAGGGAGAGGAUGGAUUUCUUGCCUCUGCUGCUUUCCCUGUUGUGUUUUGUGCUCCAUUCGAGGCAAAUGGGUGACUCUGGGGGUUGGGAGCUGCGUGUGCCAGAGCCAGGGCUGAAACCACUGCUGAGCAUCCUGUGCAGGCAGGCUGGUCUGAAUAAAUGUUUUGUACGUUG